AUGAUCCCUAUCAUAUCAACUGAUCACGAAUUAUCUGUUGAAGCUACAAAUGGUAGGAAAUAUAAUUACAACGGGACAUACCUUAGUGAAGAAUUAUCCGUUCAAGACUCAAAAGAUAACUUGACAAUUUCUGAAGUACUAGAAAUCACAGAACAAACACAAUCUAAUUCAUUUCAGAAUAAUGAAAAUAACAUACAUACAUCUGAAGUAUCUUGUGCUACUACAUCAUCAAAUUUGGAUAAUGUUACUACCAAUGAAACUAAGGUUGAAAAUCGUUCAUUAAUAACUGAUAAUAAUUUACUACCUCAGUCAACUUUGGCAUAUCGUUCCCCUGCUCCGUUUUGGUAUGAACCAUUAGCUAUGGCCACAAACCAGGCUUGCGAUUAUACAAUUAAAAUUACUUUAGAAAUGGCUAAAUCUGGUCAAGCUCCUAGACAAGUCCGUGUGUAUGCUGAUGGAGCAUAUGAUAUGUUUCAUUCUGGCCAUGCUCGUCAGUUAAUGCAAGCGAAAUGCGCUUUCCCUGAUACAUACCUUAUUGUUGGUGUCUCUAAUGACGCAGAUGUUCACCAUUAUAAGGGUCGUACAGUCAUGAAUGAGAAAGAACGUUAUGAAGCUAUAAGACAUUGUCGUUAUGUAGAUGAAGUUAUAAAUGAUGCUCCUUGGUCUAUCACUAAUGAAUUUUUGCAGAAACACAAGAUUGAUUUUGUUGCACAUGAUGACAUUCCAUAUGCAUCACCUGAUAGUGAAGAUGUGUACAAACCACUAAAGGAUGCUGGCAUGUUUCUUGUAACUCAACGUACAGAAGGAAUUUCUACUACUGAUGUAAUCGGACGUAUUGUACGUGAUUAUGAUGUUUAUUUAAGAAGAAAUAUACGACGUGGUUUAUCCAGAAAAGAUUUAAACAUUAGUUAUAUGAAAGAAAAAAGUAUUCAAUUGCAAUAUAAUCUUGAAAACAUGAUGAAACGUGGUUCUACUUUUAUUCAAAAUUUUGAUAGUAAACGUCGUGAAUUUGUCGAUCAAUUAGAAGAUAUUUCACAUGAAGUUGUUCGUUCAUUUAUGCGUAUUUUUGGUUCUGAUGGUCAUUUACGUCAUUGGUGGUCAUCACGUCGUUGUAAAAGACCUAUAUCAUCAUUGAAUUCAACUUUUUAUACACUCCAAACAUCACCAACAUGUAGCGCUAGCGAAGAUGAUGACGAUGAUGAUGAUUCAGAAGAACCAUAUAGUAAAAAGUCAAGAAAAUGUUGUAGUAUGACAAUGUAUGGGUCACAUUCCAGUAGUCCAUUUACUGAUUCUGAUGAACAGAUAAAUGAACAAAGAAUAUUAUUAUGUAAAAAACGACCACGUGCCAAUGGUGAUGAUGAUUACCUAUCAACAUUCCAAACUGAAACUACCAUAAGCAAGAAUACUACUACUAUAAACAGAUUUACGAGUGAAACUCGACGUAAUUCCUUCUCUCGACAAGGAUCUAAAAGUGAACCUAGGUCACGUAGAAAUAAUUAUCGCAGUCUACGUUAUUGCACAGAAAGAAAUUAA